UUCCCUUUCCUGUGCCUUCUUCCCUCCCCAUUUUUAAAAAUAUUCUUAAUGAACAAGCUGAGAUUGUCUUGUUCAUUGAGCACAGAUCACUCUAAGGAAGGUAGCAAAGUCCAAAAGUAGUUGAUGGGAGAAACCGUGAAACGCAGGCUGAAUUCCUAGAGACAGGGCGGAAACUUGUGAAUAAGCGGCAAGAACGCUGCAUCUCCAUUUCUCUUCAAGAUAUUUUUUCCUCAAUGUCAUCUGCACUGAAUGUCACCCACAAGGGGAUUCUAUUCCCCAAUAUUGGAUACGAUGUGGAAACAAUCAAGUUUGUGGAAAAUGAAUUCCAACUGUUGGACGACGAUGUACUAAACGUCACUUAUCCUAAGUCAGGUACCAAUUGGAUGACGGAGAUCUUGAGCUUAAUCUGGCACAAUGGGGACCCAUCAUGGGUUCGCAGCUCAUUUGCGUGGAAACGGUCACCAUGGCUGGCGUCUAGUAAUGGUAUGAAGGCUGUAUUGGCACAUCCUCCACCCAGACUCAUGGUUUCUCACUUGCCAUUUCAGCUUUUCCCCAAAUCGUUCCUCAGUUCCAAGGCUAAGGUGAUCUAUACUCUGCGUAAUCCCAAGGAUGUGCUGGUCUCAUUUUACCACCUCUCCAAGUUCUACAAGGGAGUCAAAGACCCUGGUACUGUGGAAGAGUUCUUGGAGGAAUUCCUGAGUGGGAACGUGAUAUUUGGUUCCUGGUUUGACCAUGUGAAAAGUUGGCUGGAGGUGAAGGGGAAACCCAAUGUCUUCUUCAACAGUUAUGAAGAGAUGCACCAGGACCUGCGAGGCAGUGUGGAGAAGAUCUGCCGUUUCCUUGGGAAGGAGCUGAAUAGCCAGCAAAUUGAUUCUGUGGUGGAAAAUGCCUCCUUCCAGAAGAUGAAGGACAACCCGAAGUCCAACCUCACCACAGUGCCAGAUCAUUUUUUCGACCACAAGAAAGGGAAGUUCUUGAGGAAAGGGAUCGUCGGGGACUGGAAGAACCACCUGACAGUGGCACAGAGUGAACGCUUUGACCGCGUUUAUCAGGAGAAGAUGCAGGGAGUGAAUGUGACCUUCCCAUGGGACUGAAGAAGGCCAGACUGCUGCUUCUGCUGUUCUAUUUACUUCCUGUCUUUGCCUCAUGUGGCUCACGUUCCUUCUAAUAAAUCAUCUGGCUGUAUUAGCAGGGUAGUGUUAUUUCUCCAGGUGUGAAGGAAGCUGAGCAGGAAUUUCACAGUCCAAACAGGGGAGAAGUGCAAACAGGCCCAAAGCUGCAUGAAUACAUUAUACAAUUCUAGGCUCACGCCAAGGUUAGCCUUGCUUGCCCCUCAGCUGUCUGGGUGAAGUCACAGACUGAAAAUACAUUUCUUUUGAAAAACUGA